AUGAAAUCCAACCAAGAGCGGAGCAAUGAAUGCCUGCCACCUAAGAAGCGAGAAAUCCCUGCCACCAGCCUGCCUUCGGAGGUGAAGCCGGUCCUGCCAAACGAAAACCACCGUGCGGAUAACCUAGCAUGGCUCCCCAGCACACCCGGCGGCCAGGGCAGCCUGGGGGGCCGGCACCGGCCUGGGGGAACAUCGUCGGUGGAGGCGGGCUUGCAGCAGGGUUUGCACAAGUCGCUGUCUGCAGGGCUGGACUAUUCCCCACCGAGUGCACCCAGGUCCGUUCCAGCCUCCACCACUUUUCCCACGGUGUACUCGCCCGCCCUCUCCCAGUCAGGGACCCCUGCACACCUGCAGCACACCUUCCAGUUCGUCGGGCCCCAGUACAGCGGAUCGUACACCGGAUUCAUCCCCUCACAGCUGAUUUCCCCAACGGCCAAUUCUGCGACCAGCGCCGUGGCAGCGGCCACGGCUGUUGCGACCACUCCAUCCCAGCGCUCCCAGCUGGAGGCUUAUUCCACUUUGCUGGCCAGCAUGAGCGGCUUAAGCCAGCAGGGCCACAAAAGUGAGCCGCACCUGGUCAGGACGCCUGGACUGAUCGCUGCCGGGUCUCCUCCACCCACCCAGCAAAACCAGUACGUCCACAUUUCCAGCUCUUCCCAGAGCACUGUCAGAAAUGUCUCUCCUCCAACCAUCCCGGUCCCCCUGCACCCCCAUCAGACAGUGAUCCCGCACACCCUCACCCUCGGCCCUUCCUCCCAAGUGGUGGUGCAGUACACCGACUCGGGGGGCCACUUUGUCACCAGGGACCCCCCCAAGAAGCCUGAGAGCAGCCGGCUGCAGGCGAUGCAAGCCAAGGAGGUACUGAAUGGCGAGAUAGAGAAGAGCCGGAGAUACGGCAUUUCACCCUCUGCCGACAUGGGUCUAGUCAAAGCAGGCAAUAAACCAGCCCCCCAUCAUUACGAGACCAGGCACGUGGUGGUCCACUCGAGCCCCGCCGAGUACGGCGCGCGGGAUUCCUCAGGUGUCCGAGCCUCCAUCAUGGUGGUCCCCAACAGCAGCACGCCCACGGCGGACAUGGAGGUGCAGCAGGCCACCAACCGUGAGACCUCUCCCUCAGCCCUCAAUGACAAGGGAAGCUUGCAUUUAGGAAAGCCAGCCCACCGGUCCUACGCCUUGUCUCCACAGCAGGAUCUGGGCCAUGAGGGGGUGAAGGCAGUGGCCACACUGUCCCCUCACACUGUCAUUCAGACCACCCACAGCGCCUCCGAGCAACUCCCUGUCGGGCUGCCGGCAACAGCCUUCUACGCCGGGACCCAGCCGCCGGUGAUUGGCUACCUGAGCGGUCAACAGCAAGCCAUCGGGUACCCCGGCAGCCUGCCGCAGCACCUGGGGAUCCCUGGCACCCAGGUUGGCGGCGUGGACGUCGAGCCGUCGGGAGUCACGCCUGCGAUCGUCACGUCGUCUCCCCAGUUUGCAGCAGUGCCUCACACGUUCGUCACCACCGCCGUCCCCAAAAGCGAGAACUUCAGCGCGGAGCCCCUCACCACUCAGCCUGCCUACCAGGCCACCAUGGUGCAGGCGCAGAUCCACCUGCCCGUGGUGCAGUCCAUCGCUUCCCCCGCCGCCGCGCCUCCCACGCUGCCCCCCUACUUCAUGAAGGGGUCGAUCAUUCAGCUGGCCAACGGGGAGCUGAAGAAAGUAGAGGACUUGAAAACAGAAGACUUCAUACAGAGCGCGGAAAUUAGCAACGACCUGAAAAUAGACUCCAGCACUGUGGAGAGGAUUGAAGAGAGCCAUAGCCCAGGCAUUGCCGUGAUACAGUUUGCGGUUGGGGAGCAUCGAGCACAGGUCAGCGUGGAAGUCUUGGUAGAAUACCCUUUUUUUGUAUUUGGACAAGGCUGGUCAUCCUGCUGCCCCGAGAGAACCAGCCAGCUCUUUGAUUUGCCAUGCUCCAAACUCUCGGUGGGGGACGUCUGCAUAUCGCUCACGCUCAAGAACCUGAAGAACGGCUCUAUUAAAAAGGGCCAGCCCAUGGACUCAGCUAGUAUCUUGCUGAAGCAUUCAAAGAAUGACAGUCUAGCUGGAAGUAGACACAGGUAUGCGGAGCAGGAAAACGGGAUUAAUCAGGGAAGCGCACAGAUGUUAGCUGAGAACGGUGAACUGAAGUUUCCGGACAAAAUAGGAUUGCCUGCAGCACCUUUGCUCACCAAAACAGAACCCAGCAAGCCCCCGGCAACGAGGAAGAGGAGGUGGUCAGCCCCUGAAACACGAAAACUAGAGAAAUCAGAAGAGGAGCCACCUUUGACUCUUCCCAAGCCUUCUUUUAUUCCUCAGGAGGUUAAGAUUUGCAUUGAAGGUCGAUCCAACGUAGGAAAGUAAAAGUUGUUUG